AUGAGCUUCGCAACCUGCACCGAAGUCACCCCCCUCUGCCCCGUCGAAGCCACCACCUACGGCUACUACCCGAACUACGGCGGCAACAUCUUCUUCGCGGUCUUCUUCGGCGUCUGCGGGUUGACCCAGCUCGGCAUAAACAUCUACUUCCAAGCAUGGACGCUCGCAGUCGCCCUCGUGGGAGGAUCCCUCCUCGAAAUGGCGGGCUACAUCGGACGCGUCCUCAUGCACGACAACCCGUGGCACUCUGGCGCGUUCAAGCUGCAGAUUGUGACUCUUAUUCUCGGGCCGACGUUCGUGGCGGCUGCCGUGUAUCUCACGCUGAAGCAUAUCAUGCUGGCAUUAGGGCCGCACCACGCGCGGCUGCGGCCGCAGCUGUUCACGUGGGUGUUUAUCGGGUGUGAUAUCGGGUCUCUAGUCCUGCAAGCUGCAGGCGGUGGUGUCGCUGCCGGAGCAGGGAACACCGACCAGGAGUUGUUGAAAAUCGGAGACGAUAUCAUCAUCGCGGGUAUAGCGUUCCAGGUUGCUACGAUGGGGGUGUGCGGGGUGUUGGGGGUGGAAUUCUUUAUCAAGGUGUGGAGGAGUAAGAAGGUGGAUGAUGAGGCGGGGGGGUAUAAGGUUCGCUGGAUGGGGUUGGUUAUUGCGGCGGAGGUGUUUGCCUAUUUCACGGUGUUGAUUCGGUGUAUUUAUCGACUCCCUGAAAUGGCCGGCGGAUGGGGAAACCCGCUCAUGCAAAAGGAGAAUGAGUUUCUGGUGCUGGAUGGGAUGAUGAUUGCUCUGGCUGUGGGAUCCCUGACACUCGUUCACCCCGGGUUCUUCCUCGCGACGCUGCAGAAGGGAAAGAAGAGUAUGAUCGUUCCGUGA